AUGGAGAGUAGGUCAAAGGAGAUAAAACAAGGCGUGGUCACUGCCAGAGAUCCGUCUAGUAUGAAGAGAAAGCAGCAGAUCUGUGGGAGACUCCCCCUGAUUGGAAGAAAUCGGAGGGGAAAAAGCAGCAGAGUUAGCACAGUAGGAGUGACUUCCGAGUGCGUUUUGGACAAAAAGGAACAAAAAAGUGGGGACAUUCCCUCGAUAGGGAAUCACAUCCCUCAUGGUAGUGUCAACUGUGAAAAGAAAGUCAGUUUCGAGGAAGAAACCUUUUCCAAAGGGCACAGGUGGAAUGUCCAUGGAAGCGUCUCCACAAACACAUCCUUUCACCACAGCAGCGUGGAUGAGAGCACCUCACGUCAAAACAGCAAUGAAGGUUAUCUCUCCAUGGGUACUUCCCUAGAGGUGGAGGGGAAAAUGACCGACCAGCUUUACAAUCAAAGUAGCACUCUAAAGGAGGAGAGUAAAAUGUUCCUAUUAGAGCAUGAAAUUUUUUUUGAAAACGAUGAGUUAGUUGACGUGAAAGGUGAGAAUCGGUGUGGUGAGAGAAGUAAGCUAGAUGGAGGAGAGGGGAAAAAGAGGGACCUUGUGUCUACUAACGGGGCACUAAAAAAGGGGAGGUACCCAUCUGGAAAUGUUACCACUAAUUCGAAGAGCACCCAUGAGGAUAAAAAAAUUCUUCAUAGAAGGAAGAACCCAUUGGAGAAGUCUCCCAAAUGUCAUGUUGCUAACCCUGUGAGGUGGAACGCAUCUGAUAGGGCACAUGGUCCAAAAUUGAAAAGGGAAUCCACCCAUGCGAUUUCAGAAGAAUUCCCUGUUAGUGGAAAGAAAAAUAUUUCCAAUUCGACUGGGAAGAAGGUAGAAGAUCACAAAGUAAGCAACACCUCAUCGUGCGAUGAACGAAAGAGGGAAGAAUAUGUUUCCACUUCGAAUUACAAGUUGGAUAAUUGUACGUCUGGAGAUCAACUGGACUUGAGAAACGACACCUUUUGUUAUGAAAACAGCUUACAGAGUAGUCUGUCCAAGAGUGCCCAUAGUUCUAGCUUGGUGGACUAUGUCACUUCUCAAAAUAGUAGCCUCACUACUGAGUAUGGGGAGCAGUGUCCGGAGGAGAAGUCUUACAAAAGCGAACGCACCACGGGUAGUCCCCCUGGUGAUAGGCCCUCGUACUUAAGUAGCGAAGUGCAAGACAGUCUCUACAAUUCUGUGGUGAAGAACAUGGAGAAGGGAAUUAUGACCUUGGACGGGUUCGAGCAAGGGGGUGCAGCAGCGGAAGGUGGAAAGGCAGUGAAAGACGUGGAAGGUGGCAAGGUCGUGGAAGACGCAAAAGUGGGUGAUGCACAGCCUGACGAGGGGGUACUCCCCCCAGUGGAAGCCCACCCCGCGAAAUGCACCGCAUCAGAAGAAGACGCGGUGAAAAUAUUUUUCAAGGGGGACAGAAGGUUCUUCAACUUCGAUCUCCCCGCUAGCGAAAUAAUCGAACGGAAGAGCUUCGAAAUAAUCGAAAUGAUCAGCGAGGGAAGUUUCGGCAUCGUUUACAAAGCCCUGUGGCAGAACAAAAUCGUUGCCGUGAAAAAGUCUCAUAUCCACAUGUCCCUGGAGGGCAUGCGCUCCAUCGUGCGCGAGGUGAACACGUACCGCUCCGUUUCGCACGAGAACAUUGUGGAGUAUUACGGAGUCUGCAUAGAUGAAGCCUUCAUAGGGAUCGUCCUGGAGUAUGUCCCCAGAGGGAACGUCUUCGACCUGUUGUACAAUGGCACGCUGAUUGUGCCUUACGAGGUUCGCCUGCAGAUGGCUGUCCAGCUCGUGCAAGUGGUUAACUACCUUCACUCGGUUAAGCGGUUCGUCCACCGGGAUUUGAAAACGAGUAACUUUUUGUUCGACGAGGAGUACAACCUAAAAAUAUGCGAUUUCGGAAAAACGAGGAAGCUAAACACAGACGGGAAAAUUAUUUUAGAGGACAACGGAGGAUCCCCCAGAUACAUGGCCCCGGAGUGUUUCAUCGAAGGUAGCACUGAUGAGGGAAUUAUGGACGUUCAGAACUCCAUAAAUGAGAAGUCGGAUAUCUGGGGCCUGGCGUGUUGCCUGAUUGAGAUUUUCGCCAACCAAAUUCCGUUUCAGCACAUAAAGCAUAAGGAAGACGUUGUCGUAGAAAUUUUGGUCAACAAGCAGAAGCCAAGCGUGCCUAACUGCUUCCACCCCCAAUUACACAAACUGUUGGAGAGGAGUUUCAGCAUAGACCCAGAGGAAAGACCCUCAUGCGAGGAGUACCUACAAUUGCUCCUCGAGUUUUAUCCAAAAAACUGA